GACUACCGGUUACGCAACGCUGCGUUGAAUUAGAGAAAACCUUCGCAGCACGUGUCGUGUCGAAGUAGCGGUGUAGCCGCCGCCGAUUGGUGCAGACUAUUUUGCCUGAAGCCGCUUCGCGGGUAGUCUCACCUUUCUUCGACGGGAAAUGAAGCAGCGCGGACUAAACCAUCCGCGGUGCCAAUGGCCAGGAGGCGUACGGUGCAGGUGACCGGAUCCCUCAGCUCGGUCGGGGUGGUGCGCGAUCUAGCCCCCUGCCAGUUGCACAACACCAUCCACUGCCUGGUGUGCAGCCGGGGCAACAGCAGCAGCCAGGGCCGCAGCCGCCGCCGGCCAUGUGGUGGCCCGGCUCUCUGUUCCGCCUGAUCCGGCCCCCCGUACUGGUGUUCCCACCUGUGGUGGCCGCACCCUGUGCCGUCGUGCGCCCCCCGACCAACAGCGUUGGCCCGGCCGUGGGUGGAGGGCCCCUGCCGGUCGCAACCUGGAUUGCCCUAGGCAGGGCCCGAAUGCUGCACGCCAACAGCCAGGCGUCCGGUGCCAUGGCUGCCCAGCCGGACGUCUUGCUGGAUGCCGGCCACUUGCCACUGCCCUGCAGCAGGCGCAGGCCAGGUUCGCCGGAGGUCAGUGACCUUGCCGACCGUUCCUCCGUGGCCAAGCCGAAGAGGCGCUUCUCGGAGCAACCGCAACCCCAGGCGGUAAUCGACAUCACUGACGAUGUGCUCAACGACGGCAGCAUGGACGGCGGUGUCGACCCCGGCAGCGCACCAUCUCCUGUGGCUGCAUACGACCCGGUCCUUGCUGCCGCAAACGUGCGUCAGCGCGUGCGGAAGAGUCGGUACUGGGUGCCCACCGAUCUGGGCCGGGUGCACGGCGGAAGCGGUGGCUCGGGCGGUGGCCUGGAGUUCACGGUGAUGUCGUACAAUGUUCUGGCCCAAGGUCUUCUGGAGGACAACCCCUACCUGUACCAGCACUGCCACGAGGAUGUGCUCCAGUGGCCCCUACGCCGACAGAACCUCCUCGCCGAACUCAGGGAGGUCAACGCUGACAUUCUCUGCCUCCAAGAACUCCAGCAAGACCAUUACGAGACCGACUUCAAGCCCGAGCUGGAGAAAAUGGGUUACGGCUGUCUGUACAAGCAGCGCACUGGUGACAAGCGAGACGGCUGCGGCAUCUUCUUCCGCAAGUCCGUCUUUGAGCUGGACUGCUUCGAGCCGAUUGAGUAUGCCCGCUCUGACGUGACGGUCCUCGACCGCGACAACGUUGCUCUCAUCGCCAUGUUGAAGCCAGCCGCCGGCAGUGACAAGUUCGGCGCGGAUUUUCGGCUGUGCGUGUCGACGACACACCUGCUCUUCAACCCUCGCCGCGGAGACAUCAAGCUCGCCCAGCUGUGCCUCCUGCUCGCUGAGAUCGACCGGCUGGCUUUCCGCGGAGACUCGCCAGAUGGCACACCACUGUACUUUCCCAUCCUGCUGUGCGGAGACAUGAACAGCGAGCCGCACUCACCCCUCUACACUUUCCUCACCCGCGGAAGCCUAUGCUACGAGGGGCUCCUCUCCGGCGACGUUUCUGGGCAGAGCGACGGCGCGAACCGCGGAAGAUACGUUCCCCUCGACAGCAGCCUCCGUCAGCUGAACAUCUCUGGUUCGUCCCGGUACCUGCCUGCACUGGUUAAGGAACCUGCAUCUCAAGAUGUCAACGCUCCGGCCGAUUCAACGCAGCGAGUCAUAGAGUCGAACGACGCUCUCAACCUUGCGCAGCACAAAUCUGCAAUAAGUGGCACUACUGCCAAAGAAGAGUCGACGAGCGGUUCUCCGAGAAAGGACUCGCCAUCAAAAUCGGCCACAAACAGUCCCACUAAGGACUCGCAAGCGGAAAGCUCCCCCGCUAAAGACGCAGCGUCGGCGACGAAUGCUUCCAACGCGAACGGCUCGACGCCGGUCAAGGAAAGCCGCCAGCGCGUCGUGAGGCACUUUCUGAAUCUGAUCUCCGCCUACAAGCACAACGUCAAGGGCGCCAACGCCGAGGUGACGACGCACCACCAGCGUGCAAGUUGCACCGUCGACUACAUCUUUUACUCGGUGAAAAGAAAGGACACGAUGUUUAGGGAGGGCCAAGUGAAACACACCUGCGUGAUUGAGGGACCUCUACGGUUGCUGGCAACAUACCGCUUGAUGUCGCAAAGCCAACUCGUGGCUGUUGGCGGGCUGCCCAACGAGGUGCAGUCGUCGGACCACCUUCCCCUGAUCGCCAAGUUUCUGCUUAGACCGCCAAGCUAGUGUUGACGACAGCCGAAGAUCAUUACGGCGCUAUCAUUGGACUUCAGUCAGUGUAAAUAACGUUGCUUUUAAAGUGGAAGCGAUGACAUUUUUCAUUUUUCAGGCACCACCGAAGCAGCGAGUGAGGUGCUGUAGUCAUCAAUAACGUGUGCUGCAACCGAGAGGCAUUACUUUUUUCUCCUGCCAAACGCUCUGUUGUUGUUUUGGACACGUGUCCAGCGCAUCAUUUUACUGUAGUUUUUAGGAGAUGCUGCCCGUCCUCAAUGCCCGCUACGGAGCAGUUGAAUCUUUACCGGUUUUAAUGUGAAUUCCCAUACAAAUGUCUCAGUACUUAUGCCUAAUUGAUAUUGAUAACGGAAAAAUAUUCGAAAUGGGAAAUUCUCGUUAGAUUUGCUAUCCGCGUACCUUGAAGCCCGAGCAAUCGUUAAAUUUUUCCUCAUCUUUUCGAAGCCCGUGAGAACUUUUCUGCUGAAAUGAGAGCCGAAUUAUUUUUCCGUGAAUAAAUGUUGCAUUCAAGUAUUUAGCCUACC